CAAGUGUAAAAAUGAAAAAAAAAUGCAAAAUAAUUUUUUAGAAAAAGAGAGGGCUGGCCGGGGGGGUGCAUGGGGUCGUGGUCAUCUCUGGAACUGGAACACAGCAGGAUAUCAUCAAACACCCCCCCCCCCCCUUCAUCCCCCUUGAAGAUAGGCGAGACUCUUGGGGGUCAAGGGAUAAAGAGAACCAGAGAAAACAAAUACGAUCACUUAGUUCCAACACUUGAUGAGUACUUUUGAAGAUUGGGGAGCUUCUUUUUUGAGGGGAAUGUUGUCUGGCUCGAGGACACUUCUCUAGCUAGUUCCAUACACGUCGAUCUACUAUUUCUUACAAUGGAUUGAGUUUGUGUUUGUGUCGUCGGACCAGGCUUCAUUCCCCCCAAUUAUUGCUUCCAUGGAGAUCACAGAUCAUGGUGAAGGUUUGGUGUUACUACUUUUCUUUCCUCUUUCGGUAAAAUUUUGUGGUUUUAGAUGGUAGAUCUUUCCUUUUUAGAGCAAUUAGGCUGCUAGUGAAGUGCAGAUUGGCGCAAUCAUGAAGCGUUUGACCUUUCUCAGUAAGUAAAGGUUUCAUCAUUACUCUUUUUAGUUUGGUUCUCUGGUAAUGUUAUGGUGGUGUUUCUUUGUCAGGAUCAAAAACUCACUUUUCUUGUUCAUCAUUACACAGAUCUUUCUCAUGAUGAUUUUCCAGUUCCUGAUCUGUCUGUUUCUGGAAGAAAAAACUUGGCUGAUUAACACAUGAAGAAACAGUUGACUAGAAAGAUUGGCAGAAAGAGUUAAAUAGGCUUCAUUACGUAUGGCAGCAGUCAUUGAAUCAGAUUAGACUCUCACAAACAUAUAUGCUUCACAAAACGUCAGCAUGAAAAUGAGCCAUGGAUAUCAUCUUCAUUAUAGAAUCUGGGAAGCAAAUCUCCGUUUCUUCUUUUUUCUUUUCCUUUUUUUUUUUUUUUUUUGUUUGUAAAAGGGAAUCAUAAUCCUUUGUGGCAUGAAAAUAACCAAUUUUUUUUCUGGUUUGAAUCAAUAGAAUGUGUUUAUUCUAGCAAUUAGUAGUAGUAUCUUAGUUACUAUUUUCAUUCUUGGUAGAGAAUUGGAGAU